UAUAGAGUGAUAUCGUCAAGAAGCGUGCUUAGAGUUACGCCGUUUCUUUAGUUUUUUUCUUGCAGGCAACCUAGCGAAUUUAAGCAGAUCUGCAAAGGUUGCGUUGGGUCUAUCUAGCGUCCUAAUUCUAUCGAAAGGUGCAAAAUGGCGGAUCUUGGAACAGUUUACGAUGAUGGCCAAGAGAACGAUUUCAUCCAUUGUGUGAUGUGCCAAAAAAGAAUUCGCGGUGAAACGCUUUAUAAAAUCCACCUGACAACAGCCCAACACAUCAGGAGAGAGGACAACUUAGUUGCUGAGGGCAAACUCUCGAAACGUCCUCCACUGCCAGUAUGGAUGGAUCUCAAACAUUAUUUGGACUACUUGAACCUCGAUGAGCCCAUUAUUGGGCUGAGCUCCGUGAUGGAGCUGGAAAAUGCUUUCUCAGAUGAUGGCCAGAGGGUGUUGAAGUACAAAUGCAGAAUGUGCAGAGUAGAGGGUGACUUGCCCAGCAUGACCAGUCAUCUGGUGGGACGAAAGCACCGGCAAAAAUACUUGGAGGCAAAAAGACCCGAUUUGGUGACUUGGAAUGACCGUGCAGUUGCUCAGCCGGGUCUGGUCGUCAGGGCCAAGGCUGCAGUGGUGGAGAAACAGGAAGGACAGGGAAUUAUUCUGAGAAGAUCUGACUUGCCACCACUUAUUCCACCACGAAAAGCAGGUUCUCAUAGUGCUUCAUCCAGCAACGUAGCAGGGAAAGCUUUGAUGGCUAACCGCCCAAGAGAGCUGCUCCCAAGAGGGGACAUGCAUCGGCAGUCUCAUACAGAUGAAAAUAUCCACAGCAAAUCUUAUUGGAAAGAUGAUACACGUAAAUCACCUUACCAUUAUCCGGAAGAUGACAUUCUCGAGCAGCGUUAUCAACAAAAUGAUCCACAAGAAAGAACCUACAUGGAAGACGACCUCUCGGUGAGACGUUAUCCAGAUCUUCAUGGAAGGUCCUAUUUGGACGAAGAUGUGAGAGGAAUACCUUAUUCAAAAGAUGACAUGAGGAGGAUGCCCUAUCAAGAUGAUGAUGAUUUUAAAAGGGAGCCUUAUCCAGACAUCACAGGCUUUCCUCGUCCAGAGGAGGAACUUCGUGCAAGGCCCCCACUAGACGUCGACCUCCGAGCAAGGCCUCAUCGGAAAGACGACGUUUAUGCAAAGCCUCAUCUGGAGGAUGACCUCAGAGAGGGACCCUAUCUGAACAGUGACCGUGGUGCAAGGACUUAUGGGGAUGAUGACAUCAGAGGGAGCGCUUAUCCUGCAGAACUUGGUGGGGGCCUUUCAUAUGAUGAUGAGGAACCUUACGGGAGAUUGUACGUAAGGGGAGGUGCACGUGGAAACACGUCUGUCAGCUAUGACAUGGAAGAGCCAGAAAUGGUGCAUCAGAGGGGAAGCCUCUCCGAGAGAGAUCUCAGAGGGCCUUUGGCUGGCGCAACUCUCGGAAGUAGUGGACUAAACCCGCGAGAGGCUGAUCGUCGCAUGAGGCGCGAUGAAGAUAUUAAAGAUGGGAUGUGUGGAUUGUAUAAGGGAAGUCAACGUGUUGGAGAUGAAUUGUCAUAUUACAGUAGAAACUUCCAAGAUGAGGAGAGGAAAAGGGAAUAUGUUGGAGAAAGAAUGGGAUCUCUUGAGGCAAGAGGUCAUAAGCCAAGACCCCCCUACGGCUACAGAGACAUGCAGGCCGAGUAUCCUCAGGAACAGGCACAUGCGAAAAGGAAAAGGAAAAGCAGGUUCUCAGAUGCUACUGCAGAAGAGAUAGCACUUGCAAAGAAAAAACAACUUGAAGAACUUACCCGUGAUGACAGAAAGCUGACCUCGCCUGCAAGCUCACAGGGUUCCAGCAAAAGAAUGCACUCAAGGGACAUCUCAAAUGUUAAUCCAGGCAAUGUUCUAGAUAUUCUUAACAAGGUCCAGAUUGAGAAUAUCAGCGACGCUAACUUCCUACGAGAAAAGCUGUGCUCCGUACUGAAAGAGUUCCAGGCGAAUAAAGCAGCUAAGAAAGAACAGAGUCAUGGGUUGCCAAUCAUCUCAAAGGACUACAAUCACUCAAGCAACAUCCAGAUGGAGGAGCAGCAGCAGCAGCAAGAUUUCUAUGAUGAGGAUUCUAGGAUGAUGCAGGGGGCAAGACAUUUCCAGAAUAAUCCCAGAGAUUCUCAGGAGACAAGACACUAUGAAGAAAUUCCCAGAAGUUCUCAACAGACAAGGUACUAUGAGGAAGAUGCCAGAGGAACUCGAGAAGCAAGGCAUUACGAAGACAGGCCAGGAGGCUCUUCAGACAUUGCCAGACGUUACACAAACGAUUUGAGGGAAGAGGCAAGACAUUAUGAGCGCUUUGAUGGAAGUUCACAUGAGCGUGCCUACAGAGGCAGGUCGACAAGGUCAGCUGACCAAUAUGAAGAUGCCAACAUUGACUAUCCAGAUAAUGAAAGAAGCAGUGGCUACAGAGGGGAUUUCAAGGAGGCUGCUGGUUUCCCACAGUCCAUUUCCCAGCGUGAGGACCAGUGGAUGUAUGGUGAGAGACCACGAUAUCACCGUGGUGAUCGUCCUGGUGAUGAGAUUUAUGACCCCUUCCAUCCCUCAUCCUCUCCUCCGCGGGAGGUGGGAAACUCCUCCAGUCUCAGCAAAAUUGCUUCUGCUCUCCUAGAGCUCGUAGCACGCAAAUAAAGAGGAAAAAAAUUUAGUAUUUCCAUUAUCAGAAACUUUUGUUUAUUAAUGUUAAGUUUUUUCCACUGUG